AUGAUGUUACCAAGCCCGGUCACUUCCACCCCUUUCUCAGUCAAAGACAUCUUGAACCUGGAGCAGCAGCAGCAGCAACAGCACUUCCACGGCGCCCAUUUGCAAGCGGACUUGGAGCACCACUUCCACUCAGCGCCCUGCAUGCUGGCCACCGCCGAUGGGACGCAAUUUUCUGACGGAGGGGAAGAAGAUGAGGAAGAAGAAGGGGAGAAAUUGUCCUACUUGAACUCACUAGCCACGGCCGACGGCCACGGGGAUUCUGGGCUCUGUCCGCAGAGCUAUGUCCACGCGGUCCUGCGAGACUCAUGCGGCGGGCCUAAGGAACAUGAAGAGGACUCCGAGGUCGUGAGGGACCGGAGCCAAAAAAGCUGCCCGCUGAAGAAGCCUCUGGAGGCGACGGGAGACUGUAAGGCGGCCGAGGAUGGCGAGAGGCCGAAGCCACGCAGCCGCCGGAAGCCCCGGGUCCUCUUCUCGCAAGCCCAGGUCUUCGAGCUGGAGCGCAGGUUCAAGCAGCAGCGGUACCUGUCGGCGCCGGAGCGCGAGCACCUCGCCAGCAGCCUGAAGCUCACGUCCACGCAGGUGAAGAUCUGGUUCCAGAAUCGCAGGUACAAGUGCAAGAGACAGCGGCAGGACAAGUCCCUGGAGCUGGGCGCGCACGCGCCCCCGCCGCCGCCGCGCCGCGUGGCCGUGCCGGUGCUGGUGCGGGACGGGAAGCCGUGCGUCACGCCCGGCGCCCAAGCCUACGGGGCGCCCUACAGCGUGAGCGCGGGCGCCUACUCCUACAACGGCUUCCCCGCCUACGGCUAUGGAAAUUCGGCUGCGGCCGCCGCCGCCGCCGCUGCCGCCGCCGCCGCCGCCGCGGCCUACAGCGGUAGCUACGGCUGUGCGUACCCCGCCGGCGGCGGCGGCGGAGGGGGCGGCGGGGCCCCUGCGGCGGCCGCGGCUUUGCAGCCCGCCUGCAGCGCGGCCGGAGGCGGCCCCUUUGUGAACGUGAGCAACCUGGGCGGCUUCGGCGGCGGCGGCGGCGGCGGCGGCGCUCAGCCGUUGCAUCAGGGUGCGGCGGCCGGGGCAGCUUGCGCGCAGGGCACCUUGCAGGGCAUCCGGGCCUGGUAG